AGAAGCCUCGUUUGUGUUUCGGUUCAUGACAGCCAUAUUACUGUGGGUGGUUUCCUACUAUCCAUUUUAUUUCCCAUGAUUUGGUCCUAGUUAUGGAACUAGAGAAUAUUGUAGCUAACACUGUUUAUUUAAAAGCCAGAGAAAGUAAAACUAAAGGCAGAAGUAAAAAAUGGAAAGAACUACUGAAAUUUCCGCAUCAUACUAUAUCUGCAGCUAUUAAGAACGAUGUUGUCCUCACGUAUGACAGAAUUUGUGAGAAGGAACCCAUUGGGAGAGAACUCUUUCGGUUAUUUUGCGCUGGCGAUGCUCCACUUCAGCAAGCCAUCGACUUCCUCGAUGAAGUGGACGUAUUCGAUAAAGCAGAAGCAGCGAAAAAGCCCGAGUUGGCUCGUCAACUGGUAGCAAGACAUCUUCCCGAGGAUUCGGUAAGCAUGCUAGAUAAUUAUGCUUCUCAUAGAUCUAAUCAACAUUCUGUUCAUAAAAUUUCCUUUUUUUCCUUCAGGGAAGUCAAGGAUUUCUUAGGGGAAAAGCCUUUUGAGGAUUACCAGCAUACUAUGUACUUUGCACGGUAUCUUCAGUGGAAGUGGCUUGAAAGACAACCUGUUACAAAGAAGACAUUCCGCCAUUACAGAGUGUUAGGGAAAGGCGGAUUUGGAGAGGUCUGUGCAUGUCAAAGCAAAAUCAGUGGGAAAAUGUAUGCAAUGAAGAAACUAGAAAAGAAACGGAUAAAAAGAAGGAAAGGAGAAGCAAUGGCAUUAAAUGAGAAGCAGCUCUUAGAAAAAAUUGACAGCAGAUUUGUGGUCAGUCUAGCAUACGCUUAUGAAACCAAAGAUGCACUUUGUAUGGUCCUAACACUAAUGAAUGGUGGAGAUCUAAAGUUUCAUGUCCAUAACAUGGGUAAUCCUGGAUUUGAAGAAGAAAGAGCUGUAUUUUAUGCUGCAGAAGUCAUGCUAGGAUUAAUUCAUUUACAUUCAAAGAGAAUAGUAUACAGAGAUAUGAAACCAGAAAAUCUGCUUUUAGAUGAUUAUGGUCAUGUCAGAAUCUCAGAUCUUGGUUUAGCUGUUCAAAUUAAAAAUGGAGAGACAAUACGAGGGAGAGUUGGAACAAUAGGCUAUAUGGCUCCAGAAGUUGUAAAAAAUGAACGCUACACAUUUUCCCCAGACUGGUGGGGUCUAGGGUGUCUUAUCUAUGAGAUGAUUCAAGGAAAGUCUCCGUUCAGAGCAAGAAAAGAGAAGGUGAAGAGGGAUGAAGUGGAACGGAGAGUUAAAGAGGAUGAAGAGGUGUACACAGAAAAGUUCAGUUCAUCAGCAAGACUAAUAUGUAGUCAGGCACUUCAGAAAGAAGUAAUUAACAGAUUAGGUUGUGGUGAUUCAAGUGGAGAAGAAAUAAAGAAACAUAUUUUCUUUAGAAAUAUUAACUGGCCCCAGCUGGAAGCUGGAAUCUUCAAACCUCCUUUUGUACCUGAUCCUAGAGCAGUCUACUGCAAAGAUGUCCUAGACAUUGAACAGUUCUCUUCUGUGAAGGGCGUUCGUUUGGAUGAAAGUGAUGAGGAAUUUUAUAGGAAAUUUUCAAGUGGAUCAGUUUCAAUUCCUUGGCAAUCUGAGAUGAUCGAGAUGGAGUGCUAUAAAGAACUGAAUUUAUUUGAGGUUAAUGGUGUGCCGUCACCCGAUCUUGUAGGAGAUGCACCACCAGAACCUCCCAAGAAAAGAGGAGUGGCUUGUUGUUCAGGCUCGGAUGAUGGCCUUUAACAGUAAAUUUAAAAACAAACCUGUUUGUACAAAAUAAAAAAGUUAUAAAAAUAUUAUUUUAAAUUUACCUCUGUAACUAAUAGCAUGCAAUCAAUAAGUAGUCAUUUUGAUGUACAGAGAAGUUGCUUGACACAAAGGCUCACACGCAAGAAGUUUAACAAAGUAGGGUAUUAGAGGGAACACAAUCCAGUUGUCUGGGAAAUUGGUAGUGAUGCCAUGGGAAAAUGGAUUCUUAUCAACUUUUGAAAAAUCUUUUUAUCACUGUGAGAAAGGAUUUUUUUGCCAGUGAUCCUGCCCUUUUUAUGUUCGAAGACUGUUACUUGUAUCAUUCAUGACAUGCUUCUGUUGUGCAGUGUGGCUCAAAACUUGUUCAAUAUAAUGACCAGAAGCGAAAUUCUCUCGGUUUCUCUAAUGGAUAUCCUUAAUGAUAUGUGGGAGAUUUUGAUUGUUAAUCUGACGGUAUUUGUAAACCAGCAAAUCUGUUGUAAAAUAGUAGAUAAAUCCCUUUUUGCCUUGUAAAAACUAGUACAGUUUUCAGGCAAUAAAGUUUUGUACAGUUGAUUGA